AUGUCUAAUAAUUCUCCUAGUCGUCAAAGUCAAGGAAGUAUAGAAAGCGGUUCAGAAAAUUCUAUCGAACUGAAUAUUAAUUUGGAUGCUUUACAAAAGUCCGCACCGAACGUAUUUUAUGUACAAUGUAUUUCUAUACAAGAAUUUAGUGAAGGUGGAUUUCAUAAAAUAUUCAUCUUAAAAAUAGAAGAUGGUAAAAAAUAUGUCAGAAGAGUAGCAUACCCUGUAUAUUCACAAUGGAAGACAGAAAGUGAAGUAGCAGUUAUGAAGUAUAUUCGUUUAAAUACGAACAUCUCUGUUCCUAAAGUUUAUUAUUGGAAUAGUUCUGUCAAUAAUACAGUGGAAGCUGAAUAUAUUUUAAUGGAUCAUUUACCCGAACAACAAAAAUACUGGAUUCCAAAAUAUGAAGAAUUAUAUAAAUUAGUUUCUAAAUAUUUUCCGCAGGAUAAUGACAAAACAACAUUUGUAUUGAUGCAUGGUGACUUUCACUCGUCAAAUAUUUUAGUUAAUGACGACAAAAUCACAGGGGUUAUCGAUUGGGAAUGUUCUGGUGCAUUUCCAAUAGAGUUCUUAUGUACUUAUCCAGUAUGGAUAACAAACAAUCCGAUAAUAGAACAAACUAACGAAAAGUGCGAGGAAAAUCUAAGACUUCAGAAAUUUUUUCGAGCUGAAAUGUCUCGUCGUAAUCCUGAAUUUAUACACAUAUUUGACAAUAUAGAUGAGGGAAAAAAAGAAUUUUAUUCAGUAGUAUUUAGUCAAGAAAUAUAG